AUGCGGCAUGUUUAUGUUUACCACAACCAUAGGUCCAAGGAGAACAACAAUAAUAACAACCGUGGCGACGAUGCGGACAAUGACGAAACACCCCGCGCUCCCUCACUUUACGGCAGCGCGCCUCGGCUCCGCAGCGAUGCGUCCUCGUCCAACUCCGACCUCUUCUCCGAAAGGUCAGGAACAUCUUCACCGACAAAGCAGCUGUCGGCCAUGAAGCUUCACGACGAUGGGUUCCGCGUCGGUAAACUCCUCGAGCGGCCCUUGGCUGGGGCUUUGGAUCGUCUGGUUAAAGACAUAAGGUUCUACACGUAUAAUGUCGGUGUCAUUUCCGCGGAGCUAAAGGUAUUAUUAACACCCUCGGCCCACCUGACGACAACGACGCUGAAGCAGCCCGCCGCAUCGACCAGCUCCAGCGGGCGCCCAGACGUGUCCAUCAUCCACACAAACUACUCGCCCCUGGUAGACCUGCCUGUCGCCGUGUCUGUCGAAACCAAGAAGGGCACCGAUAACUGGGACAGGGCUGUCCUGCAGAUGGGGACGUGGCAGGCCGCACACCUGCGGAGACUGGCUAGCACUGCUGACCCUAAUGGCUCGAGCGGAGGCAUUGGGUUCUUGCCGGGGAUUAUUAUCAUGGGUCACUUUUGCCACUUUGUUGUUAUGGUUAGGGAGGAGGGUGUUGAGCAGCCGGUUUUGUUAUCUAGCAUUUUGGCUUACCCGUUGGUCGAAAGAAGGGUUCUGGCCUGCUUCUAA